AUGACGCCGCCGGCGCUGCUGCUCCUGCUGCUGCUGAUGGCCGCGGGCGGCGCCCUGCAGUCUCGCGCCGACGCCGACGCCGAGACGACGCCGCGCAGCAACUUCCUGCGGCUGGGGCGGGCCGGCGGCGCGCACUCAGCCUUCCUGCGGCUCGGCAGGGACAGGACCUCCUCGGGCUUCCUGCGACUGGGCCGCGGCUCCGAGCGCAACUUUCUGCGCUUCGGCAGGUCCCGGCAGGACGGGGAGGAGGUGGCCGACGACGACGAGCAGCUGUCCAGGGCGGGCCGCUCCGGCAUGGCGGACCCUCUGACGCGCCACGACCGCAACUUCAUCCGCUUCGGCCGCUCGGGGCGCUCCGGGCCCGCGCAGCAUCAGGCAGGAGCCGAGCCGGCUCUGUGGGCGGCGCUGCUGGACCCGCGACUGGCUGUGCUGCCCGCGCCCGCGGGCGCCGAUGACGCCGACGUGGACGGCGCCGCCGGCAGCGGCAGGGGCCGCAUCUCCACCAGGAGCUUCCUCCGGCUGGGCUAGGCCGCCCUCUCGCCCUCGUCCUCUUCAGAGUACCACACAGGAAAGCGAUGGCACAAACCGUUCAAAUAAAAUUAAUUCCUAUGUCGUCUUCAUUUGCGACCAGUUCGUUUCUAUAAAUUUUUUCGUAGCAUCUCUUUGUUGGUUACUACUCAACAGGUGACAAUUUCACGUUGAUGAAUUUUCACCUAGUAAUUACUUAUGUUUGUGAAGAUUCAUUGUAAUUUAUUUGACAAUUCAUAAAUAAUUUGCCUGAUCAUAGAGCAAUCGCUAUUACCAACACUUUGCAUAAAAUUUAGAUAAUGCAAUGUAAAGCAUUUUACUGGAUCGUAUAGCCAGUUUACAUUCCGUUAAUUAUGCAUUUAAUAAUUUGGUCUUAAAGUUUGCCUCAAAACUGAUAAUGUAAAAUGGCAUUAAGGAAUAAAUUCUCACAUUUUAAUCGCUGUUGAUUCCCUGGAGAGGACGAAUUGAGAUUGUGAGGCCUUUACAUACCUAAUGUACUCUGAAGUUUCUAUUAUUCUUACUGUUACCUUUGUCACCGUUUAUUUCAAAAUUUAACGUAGCGCACAAUGUAACGUUCUGUAUCCUGUGUAGCUAAGGACUUUCAUUGUUCUAACAAUUGUUAUUCACUUCUGUGCAUGUGACUAAUAAAGUUUUACUUUCAUUGA